UGGACUAAUGGGCAUAUUUAAUGGAGAUAUGAAUGAUGAUAUGACACCAAGAGGAAGCACUGAGCCAUUACCACUGGACUCCACACUACAAACUAUUCAUGAAAGAUUUGGCAUCACAUGGAUUAUCAGUGAUCCAAGUGACAGCCUUUUCUUCUAUGAUUUUCCAAAGAGGUGGUCAACAUAUUACGAUCCAUCAUUCACUCCUGUCUAUGAGCCAGAGUUCACUGAUGCCAGCUUGGAAGAGAAAGCAAAUGAAAUUUGUGGUAAUGAUAAUUUUUGUAAGUUUGAUAUAGCAGCUACUGGAAGAACUGAGAUUGGAGAAGCAACACUCAAUGGAGGGAAAAUAUUUGAAGCAAUCGUAAAUCUAUCUCAGCCAAUCAUUUGUGAUCCACCUUGUGUCCAUGGUGCAUGUGUAAGCACUGAUGUGUGUGCUUGUGGAGAAGGUUAUGAAGGAAGCACUUGUGAUUCAAUAGUUACCACAGAAUGUAUACAAAAUCCCUGCAAUGGUGGAGAUUGUCAGUAUCAUGCAGGUAGCUACAUAUGUACUUGUCUGCCUGGAUUGACUGGAGAUUUUUGUGAAGAAAAUAUUCCUACUACAACAGUUGAUGAUGCUGAUAAUGUUGGUCUAGCUGUUGGAUUGACUGUUGGGAUAUUGAUUCCUCUUGUGAUUGUGACAAUGAUUGCUGUUAUUGUCCUGGUACUUGUGAUUGUUCGACAUAAAAGAAGCAAAAAGGAAAGUGAGAGAAAAUAUACAGAUCAACAAGAAAUGAAACAAGUGCCAAAAAAUGUGUACAACUAAUAGUAGAUUACUCCAAGUAACUAUAACGCUUCAUAUCAUUAGUUGAUUUAGUUAGCUGCUACACUCUUUUAUAUGCUGUUUUUUAGUUUCUUUUGUGAAUUGUUUUGUAGCUAUCAUUUUUUGAUAUAAUCAUUGAGACACAAAAAA